CUCUGCCCUGCCAGAGCUGCUCCCAAAGUGUGGUGCUCCCCUUUGCUGCUCUCUUUUCGCCUCCAACUGCUUUCCUCAUCAGUAUAUUAGUGACAGCAAGUGGCUUAAAAUGCAUCUGGAUAUUUCUCUUGCUCCCACAAGGUGACCGUUUAACCGAAGAAUGGCGACUCCCCAGGGCAGUUCCAGACAAAGCAGCUCCCUCUCUUCUUCUCCGAUGAGUACCCACAUGCAGUCCCUCCAAAUGGACUCAGUGCAGAGAUGGAUGGAGGACCUGCGACACAUGACUGAGGUGGAGUGCAUGUGUGUCCUCCAGGCCAAGCCCAUCGAAGUGGAGGAUGAGAGCCAGCAGACAGAGCUAAUCGUUGCCUCUGCUGUUGGUGGAGGAGAUCAUGUGGCCAGGAACAACCUACAGUCACUUCUGCGUCGAGCGCUGGUGGUGAGCACCGAGCUUGGCAAGAUGUUCCAGCGGCUGGAGAAAGGACGAUGGCAGAGGGUCCACAGCACGGCUGUUAGGGCUAACUGCCAUGUGCGCUCCCUUGUGCAUGAGUACAGCACUGCACGAAGCACACCGCCUGAAAUGCAAAAGUAUGAGAAAUCUUUGCUGGACAAGUGCAUGGAGCUAACCAACAUCACUGAGAGGUGUCUCCACAGCGAUGACGAGUUCUUUCUGAAGUCCAUGAGAGACGCCAUCCAUGAGAUUCUCACAGAUGUCAGUGACUCAUUCAGCAACAUGAUUGACAUGGCGUUGGCCAACGAGAUACAGAUCCUCAUUAAACAGAUCGAAUCUUCAGACAGCGUCCACACCAUCAGCAACGCCAUCAGUAACCUGCUCUCACUCACGCAAGACGGACCGCAGCUCUGCAGCAUCAUUGCAAAGGAGGGUGCUGUGGUGGCACUGUUUAAAAUCUGCCGACAGGAUCGCUUUAAGGACCUUUAUGCUCAUGCUUUAAGAACAGUGGCCUCCAUCUGCUGCGUGGAAGAGGGCAUCAACCAGCUGGACAAGGUGGAUGGCAUUCUGUGUCUUGCUGACAUUCUGACCGAUGACAGCAGUGUGGAAGCUGCAAGAGCGGAGGCUGCGGCAGUGGUCGCUCAGAUUACCUCGCCUCACCACACGUCCACUCAACACCUGGCUAGCUUUCUGGAGAGCAUGCACGACAUUGUCACCGCACUCAUCAAGUUGUGUGAGAGUGCCUCCUGCGGUGAGGUUUUCCUCUUGGCUUCUGCAGCUUUGGCCAACAUCACUUUCUUUGACAGCAUGGCCUGUGAGAUCCUGCUGCAGCUCAAUGCCAUCCACAUCCUCCUGCAGGCCUGUCAGGACCGCCAGAGGGUCGACACACCUUACUCCAAAGACCAGGUGGUGACGAUUCUGGCAAACCUGUCUGUCUUAGAGCAGUGUUCGGCUGAAGUAUUGCAGGAACAAGGAAUUGAGCGACUGCUUCUGUUGCUGGGAGAGAAACCCUCGUCCUCCAGCCCGUCCGAGGGGGCAGCCUGCGAGAGAGUCCAGCAGAAGGCAGCGGUCACUCUGGCCCGUCUAAGUCGAGACCCGGAGGUGGCCAAAACAGCUAUACAGCUCAAAGCCAUCCCUCGCCUUAUUGAACUGUGCCGCUCUGCAACUGAGAGGAAUAACAGUGACUCUGUUUUGGUCGCCAGUCUCGCAGCGCUGAGGAGACUGGCAGCAGGGUGUCCCGACAGCAUCGAUGCAAAGGACCAUCAGCAGCUGAUCAAACCGCGGCUGGUGGACUCCUUCCUGCUGUGCUCCAACAUGGAGGAGAGCUUUGUAUGAUCUCUGGCGCACAACAUGCUCACGCAGCGAAGCUAAUGUGCGGGAUCACGGACUGUUUCAUGGUGCUGAGAUGGAUAACGAGCAGCUUCACUUCAACACCACCGUGUGAUUGGGUCGUCCUUAUGUCUGUGCCUUGUUGCUGACUAUUGAUGGGAAACACAAGAAGAGACACUCGGGCGCCACAUGCUGCCGUGGAGAGAGGAUAUGCUUGUCUCAUUUAAAAAGACUUUGCAUGUAACCAACAUCUCCAUUUUCUCGUUGGCUGAGAUUGACUUGUAAAUAUCCGGCUUUUACUCAACCAAGUAUGAAUAAUCCAAUGCAGUUGUUAGCCACG